AUGAAGAAGAGCGGGAUGCAGCAUAAGCCAGUAGCAGGCCUUGGAGAUGCUGCUUCAAGGGCUAUCGUCUCCCUGAAGCCCUCAUGGAGAAUUGCCCAGGGAAAGAAUGUGACCCUCCACUGCGAGGGACCCGGCAUCUCAAGUAGCAAUCAGACUCGGUGGUUCCACGGUAACGCCAGCAUUCAAGGCCAAACUUCCACUUUCGUGAUCACUUCUGCCACCAUCAAAGACAGUGGAAACUACAGAUGCCAAACGGGUAAUUCUGCCCUCAGUGACCCUACAUAUCUCGGCAUCUAUAGUGCUUCAAGUAAAAGUCCCCAAGAUGCUCUUUCAAAGUCUAUACUGUCCAUGAAUCCCUCAUGGAGAAUUUUCAGAGGAGAGAAUGUGACACUUCGCUGUGAGGGAUUCGCCACCUCAGGCAGCAAUCAGACCCAGUGGCUCCACAAUGGCUCUAGCAUCUCAGUCCAAAGUCCUACUUAUGACAUCACUUUUGCCACCAUAAAUGAGAGUGGAGAAUAUAGGUGCCAGACGGGUAUUUCUGCCUUCAGUGACCCUGUGUAUCUAGGCAUCUACAGUGAUUGGCUACUUCUCCAGCCUUCACUUGCAAUCAUCGAAGAGGGAGAACCUUUAGUCCUGAGUUGCCAUGGUUGGAAGAAUCGAACUGUCUACAAGGUGACUUUCUACCACAAUAAUAAAGCCCUAAAAUACUGGUAUGAGAACCACAAAGUCUACAUCCCUUAUGCCACAGUCCAGAACAGAGGCUACUACUACUGCACUGGCUUUCUAUGGAGAGUGUCCUACAGCUCAAAACCUCUAUAUAUUGAUUUCAAAGGUUUUAGCCUCAGAGCAGAUAAAGGAAUAAGAUUAAUCCAAGACACUUCCCAGCUGGGU